UGUUCUUCGAGCCCCAUCACCCUCUGCCUACUCCGCCCCCUCACCGCGCGACAUGUCCUCGUCCGCGCCGGCACCCGAGAGAGGUGCUGGCGAGGAUGAAUCUGGCGACAGCGAACCUCCGCUUCCGCGAACGCCGAAGCGGCGACGCCCUCCGAACGAUCCUGCGCUAGCGACGACACCGAAGCUCAUGACGAAGGAAAGGCCUCCUGCAAUCAAGAAGAAGAUCGAAGCUAUGAUAGGAAUGAAGGCUUGUCUCCUCACGGGCAUAAGACACAAGUUUAACGUGGUCACGGCACAUUGGUUGCGAAGAGAGCUUGCUAUCAGCCACCCAGCAAUGUUCAACCGUCUGCAAGACAAGAUUGGAUCCAUCAUCAAAUUGGACGAUGGUCGCCUUGUACGACUAUUGAGGCUCGAUUCUUCUGACAAUCAGGAUCUUCUGAGCAGCGACCCCCACGGAUCCUUCGAUGGAUUUUCUUUGGGCGAGGGGCAAUGGUGUCUUAUACCAAUCGAUUGGAAAGCCGGCUUGAGAAGGAUCAGCAAUAAUCCGCACAUGAGCGCACGCCAAUGGUUCCCAGAACGGACGUGGCUGUACAAGGUACACGUCUUCGCGGGAGAAGGCCCUCUUGCGUUGAUUCGUCACGGACCCAAUAUCCGAGCCUACGGUCCACAGUACAUCUCGCAAGAACAACUGGAAAGAGACGAGUUGGUGCUUGCCGCGGAAGCCUGUCGUCCCGUCUUUACAAUGCACUCCGACAACCCCAACGACGUCCAGACUAUGUGGUGCGUUGAUCCUGACAAGAGGCAGCCCGAGUCCGGAUCCUGGAUCGUGCGGUCGCAUCUCAACCGUGCCAAUGUCUACGCCGACACGAUCAUCAAGCUGCGCUAUCGCUGGAUGAAAUGCAAGAAGGAGGGGAAGGAAAUGCCUGAAGCGGACGCCGAUUACUACAAGCGAAUGUGGUCGGACCUCCAGUAUUGGUUCCAAGACGUUCCGCCGUUGUGCCCCGCUGAACAGAUCGCCAUGCCUGUUCCAGACGAAGUAUACGACAAGCGUCAGACCCUGGCUUACGACAAAUCACGGACGGAGCCCGCGAUACACUCUACCCCCGAAGUUUCCGUCAAGCCGCGACCAGUCGCCGGCAGCGCACCACCAGUUCGUGUACCGUCCUCAGGAUUCCUCGCCCAGCCGGACUCUCCGCCUCCAUCUCCGUCGCCAUUGCGCCCCUUGUCGCCAUCUCUGCCUGUGCCUCCGCCAACUACUCAAGGAGUGUGUCCUGCGGCAGUCAAGCGAAAACGCUCCGUCAAGGAAACUCCGACGGCCUACUCCAAGCCAUCUCGUGGCGACACGCCGUCCGAACCCGACGCGGACUCGGAGCACAGCAAGAAGAAGAAGCGCAGAAUGGCUCUCAACUACUAAGCCCAAUGGUACACCGCGUACAAUUAUACAGCGGGUAACGGCUGCGCCCGAUAUCGUUGGCAGUGUCACGUCCUAGAGAGCUCGAGCCUAUCGCGAUGGCAUCUCCUCGCUUCGACCAUGUUUAUCUUUCUUCUUAUUCUGUAUCUAUUCCCAUCCCAUCUCCGCCGCUUCUGGUAUGGCGAUCUUGUAUGCUUUAUGUCUGUACGUGUAUGUCAAUAUGUAUUGAGCAAGCGAAUAAUCCGCGAGUCGAAUCUUGGCGAGCCUUAGAGUUAGGGCGCCUGACCAGACUGUUCUCGUCGGCGUGGACUCAUCAGUACACCUAUAUCUGGCGGCCAAGCCCG